GCGGUCGGCUUCGGUGGUUCGGUUGAACGAGGGCGCGCAAACGGGCGGGUGUCGCGAGCGUUGCAAAGCGGUGAAGGGUACCACGAACGGAAAGCACGGCGUGGCGCUAGGCGGGCGUAGGCGAGGUUCCGUGACGGCCGUUCGGUGGCGCAGCAGGAAUUCCCAGCACGGCAGGCACCGGGUUGGUCGGCUACGUGGUGUUCGUGCGCCUCUCUCUCUAUCGGUGUGUAUAUGCGCGAUUUGCCCCGAGUCCGCGCCUCGACUUGAUGACAUGGCGUCCUAGCGCUGCACGGGUAAAGUCGCACGUCCUCGGUGGAGAGGCUCUCACCCCGUCGUCGAAACAACCGCAUCCCAGGAUGCCAAGAUCACGAGAAGGAAGGAUAUGAUAAACUGUGGCCGAUGAAGGAGAGAGCACGAGCACGAGUACGAGCAGGGGCACGAGCAAGAGCAAGCGGCUUCGUCGAAGAGGGCGAGAAGAAGCGACGACGAGGCGGCGGGAGCAAUACCAAUAAAAAGAUCAACACUAGAUCUGAUGUUAGCGGACAUUAACGGUAACUUGGCGGAUCUGAGAAGCGAAGCGAUGGCGUCGCAGAGGUUUUGUCUGCGCUGGAAUAAUCAUCAAAGUAAUCUACUCUCCGUUUUCGACCAACUGCUCCAUGACGAGUCGUUCGUCGACGUUACGCUGGCCGUCGAGGGUCAGCUACUCAGGGCGCAUAAGAUGGUGCUGUCGGCGUGUAGCCCCUAUUUUCAGGCCCUUUUCGUCGGGCACCCCGACAAGCACCCGAUAGUCAUUCUGAAAGAUGUCCCGUACGUGGACAUGCGCAGCCUUCUGGAUUUCAUGUAUCGCGGGGAGGUCAGCGUCGAUCAGGACAGGCUAACCGCCUUCCUGAGAGUCGCAGAGUCCCUCAGGAUAAAGGGCCUGACCGAGGUGAACGAGGACAAGUGCGACUUGCCCAGUAUUACCUCGUCGUUGCUUGGCAAUCAGAACACAUUACCUCCGCCACCACCGAAUCUACAUAGAAUAAACCAAAUUGGGCCUCACCAUCACGUCUCGCAGAAGAGGAUGCACCACAUGUCGAGCCAUCCUCUCCUAGGUUCGGCGUUGUCCGCACCGAAGAGAAAAAGGGGCAGACCGAGGAAGCUAAGCGGAUCGUCCGACACCCCGAUCGGCGAGAUCUCCGGCCAGGAGCUGCAGUCUUGCUCGGGCGCCGAUCUCGUUCAGGGCUCGCCCGAGAUGAUGGAGAUGAAGAUGAGUAUCGACUUUCAGAGCGAGGGCACCGGAAGCAACAACGGGAGAAGCGGGAACGCUGGCGGCGGUGGAUCGGCGGGCAGUAACAAUGUGAGCAGCAACAACGGUGGAAACUUUGGUUCCUCGGCGACCAGUUUGGCCGCGUCCUCGUUGUCGUCGAGAAAAGACGAGCCGACGGAGAACGGCACCGAUACGCCCGAGUCUUUGACGCCUCGCGUGAAACGGGAACCCGAGCCUACGCCUAGCACCUCUGCCCAAGCCUCCGACGAGACGUUCGCGCGGCCGCACAGUAGACAAGGGAGCGAGGGUUUCAAGCAAGAGUACGCGAAAGGGGAAGGAGAGACGUGGAAAGAGAAGACACGGAAUCCUGGAUCAGGCUUGUCGGGGAAUCAAGGGAGCACGGAAUCAUCUAGCGCGCGAUCAACCGGGGCAGCAUCAUCGACCACAACGACGAGCUCUACGUCCACCGCGGCGUCGAAUACAACCGCGCCGACGAGAAGUUCAUCCGCGUCACCAGCUACUGGUAGGAAUAACGCGCAGAAUAGCGGCGGCAGCAGCAGCGGCAGCAGCCCUGCCCCUACGACGAACUCUUCGUCGACCAGCGGUCAUCAGGUUGGCACGAUGUCCGCCCCACCGGGUCGUCAGGUGCCCAAAAGACGCAUGAGACGUCGCGCCACCUCCCACUCGCAGGAUCCAGCCGAGCAGCUGACCGAGAUGUCCGUGCGCGGAUUAAAUCUCUUUCGCUACGCCUCGAUCUCCGAGGGCGUCUAUCAGUGCACCGAAUGCGCGAAACUCGACAUACAGAAGACGUUCAAGAACAAGUACAGUUUCCAGCGGCACGCUUUCCUCUACCACGAGGGCCACCAGAGAAAGGUAUUCCCGUGCCCCGUCUGCGGCAAGGAGUUCUCCAGGCCCGAUAAGAUGAAGAACCACAUGAAGACCGUGCACGACUGCUUCAUGCCUAAGGACUGCGUCGUGCCUUUUGGCUUUUUUCUCUCGCCUUAGCGGGCGGUGCGAGGGCGAGGUGGGGCGGCGAUCGGUCCAGCACGAAGAACGACCACGGCAGCGGACGACAACCAAGGUCGAGCGGAAACAGUCGCCAGCAGCGGCGUCCAGAGGCACGCGAGGACCUCGAUCGCUAGGGCGGCGUUGAAGCACUCGUCAGCGUCGAGGAUCGUGUCCGUGUUCAGGCGAGGCCGCGCAUAGAGAGAGUCCAAUCCGCGCCGUACCCUAGUCCCGAUCAGAGAUGGGCUAGAUACUUGUCUGGAUACAAAUUUCGAUUCAUGGAUAAGCUAGUUUUUUACCCUUUGCUUGUACAUCUAGUAAUCUAAAUUACAAUACGAAGAGAAACUAUAUUCUAAGUUAAACAGAUAGAGGUUUCUUGCUGUAGGUGUGAAUAUUAUUGGCUUUGUAGAGUACGAAUUACUAGCAAAAGUCUAUUUAAUACAUUUCUCAAUAAUAUCUGCUUACAUAUGAGAAAAUUGUACUUCUCGAUUUCAUUAAGGUACCAUGAUUAUUCCUGUAUCUUCUUGAAUAUAAUAGUUUUAGUUUCAUCUCUUGGUGAGGACCAGCAUGUGGCUGAAACUUUGAGAAAUUUAGUAACUGAACUCUUGCUCGAAACUCGUGCUCCAAAAGACCAAUAAUAUUCACAUCUACAUCAAAAUUCUUCAUCUCUUCAGGAGUGAGGACAUACAUUUUUGUUUCACGAUAAAAGUUUAUCCAUAUUUAUCGGUAUCUUUUAUUUGUAUAAUUUUGUUCCCAUCUCUGGUCCCAGUUGUCCGCGAAACGUGGCGUCUCAUGGAGAUACGCGGAAACGAAACAAUCUACCCCUGUUCCGAGUGUUCAAUCCUGUGUGUCGCGCGGACCAAUCGCAUGGCCCAUCUCACCCCCGCGAUAAUCGAUUCGUCUUAAUCGAUUUAGUCGUUUCGUGGAACCCGACGGAUAUGCAGCUCAAGGAGAUGAGCGGAGACGCGUGAACCAAGACUUUAUGGCUGGUGGAGGAGACCAACGCGACGGAUCGGAUGCAAACACUGCUGAGUGGGUGACGUCGAGUGAUCGCGAGGAAAACAGGGAUCGUAGACGUAACGAGUUAUUUUACCCAAUCUUUGGGGCGAACUUAUUCGUACUAUAUUAAUGCACGAACGCUAUUGGUAAAUAAACAAUCUCUCGAUACUUGACAACCUCAGCUUCGGGGUAAUUGAAGUAAUAUACCUAAACGUUUAAGUUAUAUAUCUAAAUUCUCGAUAUGAUUCCUAAAACAAAUGCCAUAUGCAUGCAGGAAGAAGCAAGGAAAAUUAGUUUUAGAUUAAAAAUGAUGUGAUACCAUAGAUAAGGAAAAUAUGGCUGACUAAACAUCUAAUCCAAUAUGAUUAAUAGUUUCUGUCAGAGACGAUCUUUUCCCUACAACUAAUGUGUUGGUUAGACAGGAAGUGUAAUUAAAGUAGAUGUUCCAGUUAUGAACGCAUCUUUCUUAUCUUAAUCUUUCUCGUCUUUAUCUUAUUUUUAGAGUCUUGUUCAAACAUUAUACGUGUCCUAGUUUGAUUAACGUAUACAUUUUUAGUGCAGCAAUUGUUAUACAAAUCCGGUGAUUAAAAUGAUUUAAUAACAUCAUAAUAAUAAAAAUAACAAUUUUUACUUGUCCAUAAUGCACACGUUUUGGGACACGUGUUGUAUUGAGAUCGACUUUACUAAGUACUUUAUUUUAAAUGUAAAUUCUGAAAUUGUUAAUAAUUAUAUUAAUGAAAUUAAUUGAAAGUGUUGAUCAGCGUAAAAAAUUGGGUGCGUUUACCUUAAUAUUAAUAAAUUGAAAGUACAUACACAGUUAAAUCAGAUAUGAAAAUAUCUAAUGCUUUAUGAAAUUGUUAAUAACCACAUUAAUGAAAUUAAUUGAAAGUGUCGAUGACCUGGUUAGUGUCAAGCGCAGGAUAAAUCAAAAUUCAUGUCUAUCGACGGAAUAAUAAUUUUCUACGCGUCUACUUUACGUAUCGCGUGUUGAGGAGGGACACCUAACGGCGUUCGUGCAUCUGUAGCUGUGUUGAGCAAACUGUUACCGACUAGCAAGUAAUUAUGACGAAUAAUCAGACACGAUUAGCUUUGAAAAAUCACACAGUACUGAUUUCUUAUCGUAGAUUACAAAUACACAAAUCUGACGAUUACAAGUGAUUAUUACAAAAAUAAUCACAGAAUAAUCACUACCCAACUUUGAUCUAUGGUGGUAUGGAUAAUUGUAUUCCAAAUACAGAACGAGCUGUAAACAUUCGUGUCAAUCGUGGUUUUACAAUUUACGGUACGAUGAAUCGUUGCGUCCACGGUCCCUAUAAGGGAAGUAUGUCCUCGAACGUGACUACUCGAGCGAUAUGCCCCUCUGUGUACAUUAGUAUUAUAUGAUCCUUGAACCGUGCAAUAGCGCGCAAUGCUUGCGGCCGAUCGACGCUCAGCUGUUCUUCCUCACUUCGUUACGUUUUAAUACGCGCCUGAAGUGAAGUUUGACUCGCGAGUCGAUGAACAUUUUUUUCAAAUUUCACUAGAACAGGACUCGAUAUCGUUUCGCAAGCGUUUUAUGUUCGCGCAUGCGUACAAUGUAUUUAAAACCAUUGUCUCGCAACGUCGAAAAUUCGUCGGGCCCCCGCAAACCUCCCUCCCCCCGCGUAACAGAAGAGUUUUUAAAUGGUCGCAGUAUUUUACGCGGGCGUAGUCUGCAUUAAUUCCAAUUUUUUUUUCUCGUUAUCUUUUGAGAAACAAAAUUUAACGACAUCGGCGAACAAAGGAGAAAAUUAUUCUUAUAAAAAAAAACUAACGAGCUUUCUCGUGCCUUUAUCGAUAGUUUUUCUUUUUUUCUUUUUUUGUAAGGAUAGUUUGAUAUAUAUACGUAUCACGGGCAAGAAGCGUAUGAAAAUUGUGCAAGAAAAAUGAAAGAAUCUUACAUUAAUUGUUUAGCGGAGAUACAGAGUAACGUAAAGCAAUACGAGCAAUGGGACUGACAAAAAUGAUGUUAUACAAAUAUGUUUUCCUUCUUUUAAGAUCGUACCGUGAUGAUAGCUUUAAAAGUGCGUUGAGGCUUUAACGUACGGGAUUUUCAAUUUUUGUUUCAUUUUAUUUUAUUUUAUUUUUUUUUUUUUUUGUUCGUUCCCUUUUGUUAAAUCAAAUUUCUUCAGGCAAUAUGUAAAACGUUGGUUACGAAUAUGUUUUAUCUUCUUCACAGAUACUGUAAAUCUUUGCACUUUUCACAGUCCCUCUUUACACCUGCGUAAAACUCUGGAUAGUCACAGUCUUCGUUUACUGAAAGAUCACGUUCUUAGAAGGAUGCGUAUAUUCGUCUCUACCCACAAUCUUAACAAAGCAAAUAUGCACGUAUACCAGCUUACAUGUGGCAUUCACUUGUACGAUAAAAUAAAAAGCAGUAACGUUCUUCCAAUUCCUUAAACGGAUUCAAAAAUACCGUCGAAGGAAAGAAAUAUCAGCUGGACCCUUAACGAAAGUGCAGAGUUUCGUAGUCACGAUUUUCUUUUCUUUUUUUUUUUUUUGGUAAUUUUUGUAAGCCAAACAGAUUUGAUUCCAAUGGUGCGUAGCGAAGCAUAUUAGUAAAAUGUUAAAAAGAAGAAAAAAAAGAAAGAAAAAGAAAAUGUAUAGUUAUCACAGAGUUUAUAACAGUUCACUACGAGCGCAGGAGACUCGUAGAGUUCAUUAGAUAGUGCCUUCGACAGAGAGAAAGAGAAAGAACACGAAUUAUACUGCAUAGCAGACUCGGUAUAUGUACAGGUUCUCUGGGAAUGUGUAUUAUAGUUAUUUACCAAUUAUUAAUUAUUACUAUUAUCAUUAUCAAUUUACCAUUACUCGCACUACUAUUAAUGCAGCAAAUAAUAUUAUUUUUAUUAUCACCGUUACAAUUAUUGCUAUUAAUAUUAUUGUUUGAUAAGAAUUAUUAACUUUUAGCUAUGGACAAGCACCGAUAAAAUUGGUUAUUAUUACUAGGUAUAUAAGUUAAAUGCACAAGCAAGCACGGACACGUUAUAGAGAAAGUUAUAUGUAUACAAACAUGGUGUACAGGAUGCACUAUUUUAAUAUUUCCAUACGAUCAUAUUUAGAAAUGCUGGUUAUUCAAUGAAACGAUUCAGAUGAACCAGUCUUUGUUUCGAAGAAGACUUCUUGUUUGUGGACACCGUUUUGUUGCGUAUACAGACACUUGUGAGAUUUCAAGAUUACUGGCAUUCUUUCCAGAUGACGUUAUAUUCUAUCUUUUACUUAAACAUUUGAACACGACAAAUUUAUGCUGUUAUUAACAAAAAAUGUUUCUGUUCGGAACAUAUUGUUUUGUUUCAAAAAAUGCAAACGGAAUCACUGAAACGGCAAGAUUACAACAACUUCCACUCAGGACAGAAUAAUUUCCAACUGAACCUUUUGUUUGACUAACCAGUACUUUCGGACAUAAUUGCGUGCAAAGAUUAAUAUGGGACACUCUGUAUACAAUCAAUAGACCUCGUAGUUCGGGUCUAGACCGUUUGUUUUUUUCUCUUUGAUUUAUUAUUAUAUUAUAUUAUAUUAUAUUAUAUUAUAUUAUAUUAUAUUAUAUUAUACUUUUUCGUUCGAUCGUUCGGUUAAAAAUCUGAGAGAAAUCUAUUACUUGAUGAUAUAUGCUAUUAACACGUUUUCUUUUCUUUUUUCCGGUGUUGGGACACCGCAGAAUAGACGUAGCAAGGUCGAAUUAUACAAAUUUUUCGAGAAAUACGCAGAAUAGAAUUAAUGCAAACGAAGCUUACGAUUUGUUCGUAGGGAUAUAUAAACGAAGUUACUUACGGCUCCUCCGUGUCUGUUUUACGUUAUUAAAGAAGCAACGCAGUCGUGCAGAGAAUUGAAAUAUUCAUAAUUCGUCGCGCCUUGCGUCUCUUCCUUGGUAUUAUUCCUUUAAUAGAAUUUUGGUUCUUUUUAUAUCAGGCGCUACGAAAUGAAUAAACACAGCGAUUUGUACAAUAAUUAACAAUAAUGAGCGCACCGUUGAGUACUUGCAAGACAAGUGCUAUAGACGGGAGUACGAAAGAUCUGUCUUAGGUAGGCGAAACCGAGUUUCAUUCGUCAAAAAGACCGUCUGGGACCAAGUAAAAUACCCACUUUGACUCCUUUUAGAUAUUAUUUGAAAUUUUAUCAUAAAUGAACAAAAUUUUCAUGCAUACAACGUCAACAAGAUCGUUAACAUGACUUUUUUUAGAAAAAUGUCAAGCAGUUAUAUCUAAUAUAAAAUCAGAAUAGCAAUAUAUUUAGAAAUUUUAGUAAUAUUAUCGGUAACGUGCAAGAAAAAUUAUAGUAUCGGAAGUUCCAAGCAUUCAUGAAUGACUAACUUACAUUAUAAAUCACGAAUGUUCUGUAAUUUUCAGUAUUAAAAUUUUUCUUGAAAAUUGAUUUAAAAAGAAUUUUAAAUCCUUCUGGAAGGACUUCAGCCAUAACUGGGUUAAUCUAGAUAUAUUACAAGGAUAAAUAAAGAUCAGCGUUAGAUUAAGGAGAACAUGGACAGUAUCGGGUAACUUAUGUUUAGUUUCAUCCAUCACGAUGAUAUUCUUCCAUAGCUGAUCUUUUUCUCUUCCUGCAGUACAUAACUGACGCGUCACUGGAUCAACCAUGUUGAAAACAGUUCUGGCACCACGCCUACGCUGAACAGAAUAUUCGUGCUCCAAGCUAUACAUGUCAGUUAGAUCGAACAAUUUCGCGAGCUCUGAUAUUACACGGAUCUUUUCCAUCCCUGUGCCCCCCUCCCCCCCUCCCCCCCCCUCUCCCUCCACUAUUCUACGAAUUUACUAGAAGUAGCAUUCACUUACGUCGUCGAGUCUUCGACGAGAAACAGCGGAACUCAAUUAUCCCCCUUUCUUCCAUGUCCGAGCAGCAAGAGAGCAUUCGAACGAAUACCGAACGGAAAGGAGUAUUUUGGUCUUCCGACGUCGGUGUUAUAUGGCGUGAUAGCAUCGUGUGAAUAUGAGCGUGGAUGUGUACGUGCGAUAUAUAUGUAUGUCAGAGUGAUGGUUGGUCACAAGAGAGCUAUUUAAAAAAAAUAUAUAUAGAGAGAGAGAUAUAUAUUACUUAGAGGGAAUAAUGUGCACCCGAGCGUGAGUUUUUCGAAAAGAAGAUAUCCAAUUAAAGAAAGGAACCAAUACCCCCUCUCCCCCGCACAGAAAUGAUAUUUUCAAGCCUCUUUCUACGUCCAGUCGAUCGUUAUUACGCGAAGAAUCGAAUUUUCAUUUGAUGUCACGCGUGCGAGAAUACACGAAGUAUGUAAAAACAUUAAAUUACCUAUCGUGACUCGAAGCGUCGAAAUAUCAGCAAGCGAAAACGUAACGUUUCUUUAUUCGAUUGACCAGUUAAAUUGUUUAGUUGUCCAUUGGGUGAUAUUUGAAUCCAUAAUUGAAAUUCAAAUCGUUUACAGAGUAGAGGAAUAGUUGUUUAUCUGUUAUUCGUUAUAUGUAAUUUGCAUCUUGAUAAGAAUUUUGUCCAUCUCUGGUCCACGACCCACGUUGGUGAUCGAUAUAUAUAUAUAUAAUUAUGUAUGUAUAUGUGAUGGAUACAUAAAAAAAAAAAAAAAAAAAACUAUGGGCAUCGUAUGCAAUUUCGCUUGAUUCGUUAACGAGAAAAUUCUAUUCAAAAAGACAGAAUACGAGUCGCGUGCGUGUGCGAGGCUCCAAUGUUGAUCGCGAUACCGCGAUGAGCCUCCGAAAAAUAUAUUUCCUACUUCUAUAUACGACGCGUGCAAAGGCAAUUCAGGACGGUCGUGUUACUCUUUUGUUCUUCACUUUCCAUGCACUGUGACUACCUUACUUCUUACGUUUUAGUUUUAUACCACUAUUGUAAGAGUUCUAUUACUAUUAUUAUUAUUAUUAAUAUUAUUAUACUAUUACUAUUGUCAUUGUCGAAUAACGAUUAUUUUAUUUUUAAUUUUAACUGUAACGUCGGGUAGUUAAUUAGCGCGGUAAGGUGCGUUAGGCUUUAAUGGAAACCACAGCAACGCGAAGGAUAGCCAGACGAAUGCAAACAAACGGUUAUUAUAUUUAUAGUACAGAUAUUUUAUUUGAGCGUUAAUAAUGCUAGAGCUUGCGACAUAACGCGGCGCCUUCUAUGUUUCCACUUUUGCUCGUUGAUGGAACGCUAAAAGUUUGUAUAACGCGGCGUUCUGGCGAAUGGAUUUAUUUAUAUACGAUAGUUAACCUCUGCAAAUUUUAUUUGUGUUGGUAGCUGAAUAAGCGACGGCGAAUACCGCGUUAAUAUUCGAGGCUGACUUGUAGCGACGAUGCUCUUUGUUUAUUUUUCUUUCCUGUCUGUCGUCGGAACGUCGCGAAAUAUUCCGCGAAUGAAGUUCGCCGUGUACAGGUGUUCGCUGGUCCAGGUAUGCCGGAAGCUGAAAAUAUUGCACCUGAGCGAAGCUCAGAUUCAGUGAUGAAAAUCUUUGAAAAAAUGUUGUUUCGCUAUUGAUCUUUGUUACCGAUUAAUAGUAUGUAUCAGCAAAUAGGUAUUUUGUGGACGCAGAGGGGCGAACAUCGGGUGCAAUCUUCACAGUUCCGUGCAGUAGACGCGAUCGUCUACUCGGAGGAAAGGCGAAAAUGCAGUAAGGCGUCCCCCAAAUAAAAAUGAGAGAGUUUAUGUCCGCCUGCAUUAUUCUUACUUACGCGCGAUUUUAAACGAUUCGAGGGGGGAAAAAUAAUGCAAGCGAGUUUUAGCAAAUUUACGAUCACCAUUUAUAAAUAUAUAUAUAUUUAGUAGCGACACGUACGAGUACGAGUACUGGCACUUUUAUUAUGCACGGAAACAUCAUGGAAACAUCGCACAGCACUCUGUUUCGGUAGACGAAAGAAGCGCGGUACUAUAUAGAACAAUUACACUGAAGACAACGUAACAAAGGGAAGCAUUCUUUGCAGGACAUCGAGACACAGACGUUCGACACAGUAAUUUUAUGUUUUGCAAUAGCUAAUGAAAUUGCGAGAACUGUUAAGAAAUAUAGACGUUGCGAAUACAGAAAAUCUAUUAUAUAUAUAUAUUAUAUAUAAAAUACUAUAUUAUGUUAUAUUAUAUUGUACCGUCCAUCCUAUUUGGGGGAUGGUGGGACGUUUAAAAAAAAGUUAUAUGCAUAUAACAAUAACAAUAAAGGAAGCAAAGCUGCACGUUCGCACAUUGAUCGUCGGUUCGUCGACUGUACAUUUGUUUUCAAUGUACGUACGUAUGUACCUAUAUUAUUGGUGUCUGGUGACGAUAAGAGCGAUGACAAUUUGAUAACUAUUAUUAUUUUUAUUUGUUUUUACAUAAUUGUAGUUUCUUUGUAACUCUUUGUGAUAUACAUUGCAAUAGUCUAUCCGACCGUUUAUUUGUUGUAUCGAUUAGCGCAACCUUCAUUAAAGCAAGACAAAGAAACGUA